AAAAAGAAAAGCUGAACGCUGAUUACAUCCUUGCAGCUCGGGGGAUGUUAGUAACUUUUUCCAGAACCUCUCAGCUCUUUUUUAUUUUUUUCAGCACCCAACAGCAUACUUUCCUUGCCUUGCCCCCCCUUCUUUUUUCAGCAUGACGUGUGAGAGGAGUUCCUGCCCUUGUCUCUGACAGUGAGGUUUUGAGUUGUAGCAGAGAGGGAACUCGUACAGUGGUGGUCAUUUACUUUGACCUGGCGAGACUGAUCGAAGGUUUAAGCGAGAAGGAGCCCAGAGCGUUCUGGCCUGAGUGUGUGCUUUGUCCUCACAGGGUGUGGGGGGGCAGAGGGACGAGGAGGAGGGAGAAAGCCGAGGAGACGAGGAGCGAGUGGACGAGUUGCCAAACUGUGCCGCCUGUGGGCAAAGGUGAAUGAGAAGGAGCAGUUGAGGAGUGAGUUGGAGAGAGGAGGAGGAGGAGGAGCACCCGCCCGAGGGAAAGCACCGCUGUAACAGGACAGGAUGAGGUACCAAGGCAGGGAGGUGGACGAAGGACGCGUGCGCCUGGUGAUGGAGAGCGCCCUGACUGCCCGGGACAGGGUCGGGGUGCAGGACUUUGUCCUGCUGGAAAACUACAACAGCGAGGCCACCUUCAUAGAGAACCUGCGGAGACGUUUCAGGGAAAAUCUCAUCUAUACGUAUAUCGGCUCGGUGCUGGUGUCGGUGAACCCGUACAAGGAGCUGGAGAUUUACUCCAAGCAGCAGAUGGAGCGUUACCGAGGGGUCAGCUUCUACGAAAUAUCUCCUCACAUCUAUGCCAUAUCAGACAACACGUACCGGGCCAUGCGCACAGAGAGGAGGGAUCAGUGUAUUCUCAUAUCAGGAGAGAGUGGAGCAGGGAAAACAGAGGCCUCCAAGAAGAUCCUCCUCUACUACGCCGUCACCUGCCCCACCAAAGAUCACAUGGUGACCCUCGGUGACCGUCUCCUGCAGUCCAACCCUGUUCUGGAGGCUUUCGGUAAUGCCAAAACACUGAGAAAUGACAACUCCAGCCGCUUUGGAAAAUACAUGGAUAUCCAGUUUGACUUCAAGGGUGCAACGAUGGGUGGUCACAUCCUGAAUUACCUGCUAGAGAAAUCUCGGGUGGUGCAUCAGAACCAGGGGGAGAGAAACUUCCACAUCUUCUAUCAGCUUCUGGAUGGAGGGGACGAUGACCUGCUCAACACACUGAACCUAGAGAGGAACCCUCACAGCUACCGCUACCUGGUUAAAGGAAACUGUCCCAGGGUGAGUUCCAUCAAUGACAAGAACAGCUGGAAAGUAGUGAGGAAGGCCCUGGAAGUGAUCGGCUUCACUGAAGAAGAAGUGCAGAAACUACUCAACAUCAUCGGCAGCGUUCUCCAUCUCGGCAACACUCUCUUUGGGGAAGGGGAGGAGGGAGAAACUUUUAUCACCACUGAGACCCAGCUAUCAAAUGUUGCAACGCUGCUGGGUGUUGACGGCUCAGCCCUGAAGGAGGCACUCACUCACAAGAAACUCACAGCCAAAGGGGAAGAGAUGAUCAGCCCGCUGAAUUUCGAACAGGCAGUGUCCGCCCGUGACGCUCUGGCCAAGGCGGUGUACGGGCGGACGUUCAACUGGCUGGUGGAGAAGAUCAACCAGUCGCUCGCCCUAAAGGCGGACAUCUACCACAGCAGCCAAGGCGCCUCGGUCAUAGGGCUUCUCGACAUCUACGGCUUUGAGGUCCUGCAGCUCAACAGUUUUGAGCAGUUCUGCAUCAACUACUGCAACGAGAAGCUUCAGCAGCUCUUUAUCGAGCUCACCCUCAAGUCUGAGCAGGAGGAGUACGAGACAGAAGGAAUCGCUUGGGAGACGGUGCAGUACUUUGACAACAAGAUCAUCUGUGACCUGAUCGAGGAGAAGCACCGAGGCAUAAUCUCCAUUCUGGAUGAGGAGUGCCUGAGACCCGGAGAGACUUGUGAUAUUUCCUUUUUGGAGAAGCUGGAGGACACGGUGGGCGGCCAUCCCCAUUUUAUCACGCACAAGUUGGCGAAUGGAAAAACGCGCCGGGUAAUGAGCAGGGAGGAGUUCCGACUGCUGCACUACGCAGGAGAGGUCAACUAUAACGUCAAUGGCUUCCUUGACAAGAACAACGACUUGCUCAACAGGAACCUAAAAGAGGUCAUGUGCCAGUCAGAAAACCAGAUCCUAAGUCACUGCUUCCGCAGAGAGGAAGUGAUCGACCAGAAACGUCCAGAGAUGGCUGCUUCCCAGUUUAAAAACAGCCUGAUGAAGCUAAUGGAGAUCCUGAUGUCUAAAGAACCAUCCUACGUGCGCUGCAUCAAACCGAAUGACGCCAAGCAGCCAGGACGUUUUGAUGAAGUUCUGGUGAGACACCAGGUGAAGUACCUGGGUCUGAUGGAGAACUUGAGAGUCCGGCGGGCUGGCUUUGCCUAUCGCCGUCGCUUUGAAGCGUUCCUGCAGAGGUACAAGCCUCUGUGUCCUGAGACGUGGCCCAACUGGAACGGAAAGCUGGCUGAUGGGGUUUCUGCGCUGGUAAACCACCUGGGCUACAAAGCAGAGGAGUACAAACUGGGCAGAUCGAAAAUCUUCAUCCGUUUCCCCAAAACUCUUUUCACUACUGAGGAUGCGCUAGAGGCAAAAAAGCCAGAGAUCGCUGUCACUCUGCAGAAGUCCUGGAGAGGCUACAGGGAAAGAGCCAAGUAUCAGAGGAUCAGACAUGCAGUUAUCGUGAUCCAGUCCGCAUGGCGAGGGAUGAAGGGACGCAGGAGGGCUAAAAGGCGCCGCGAGGCAGUUCAGUUGAUACGAAGGUUCAUCAAGGGCUUCAUCUACCGCCAUGAGGAGUACUGCGACGAGAAUGACUAUUUCCUGGAUCACGUACGCUACUCCUUCCUGAAAGCUCUGAGGAAAAACCUGCCCAAGAGCGUUUUAGACAAGAGCUGGCCCACCCCUCCUGCAUUGCUAGUCGAGGCCUCAGAUGAUCUCCAAAGGCUUCACAUGCGGAACAUGGUCAUCAAGUACUGCAGGAGGGUUCAACCUGAAUGGAAGAAGCAGAUGAUGCAGAAGGUGGUAGCCAGCGAGAUCUUCAAGGAUCAGAAAUACAGCUACCCCCACAGCGUUGGGAGGCUGUUUUUGGAUUCCAGGCUCGAACGAGCGCAAAUCAGCCUCAAAGUCCUCCAGACUCUCGGGAGUGAGAAAGUGCAGUAUGGAGUGUCCGUCAUAAAGUACGACAGGAGGGGCUUCAAGCCUCGCCCCCGUCAGCUGCUGCUCACCAACACCUUCGCCGUGCUGGUGGACAGGACCAAGAUCAAACAGAGGAUGGACUACGCCGCUCUGAGAGGGAUCUCUGUGAGCUCUCUCUGUGACGGGAUGGUUGUCCUGCACAUGCCAUGCGAGGACAACAAGCAGAAGGGUGACGCCGUGCUGCACUGCAGCCAUGUGAUUGAGCUGGUGACCAAACUGGCCACGAUGGCCAGCAAGGCCAACUACGUCAACGUCAGCCCCGGCAGCAUUCGGUUUGCUGUGUCCCGAACCAAGGAGGGGAUAAUCGAUUUCAUCAGGGGUCCGGAGCUGAAAGUGGCCAAGGGCAAAAGAGGACAUCUGCUGGUGACUGCCCCUCCGUGUAACGCCUCGUGAAGAUCAAGAAAGCAGCGAGACGACAGCCGGCGUGAAGCUUCCUGUUCAUCACCCGAGAGCUCUUUCACUGUUUUUAAAUAAUCUGCACCUCUUUUAUCAGCUCUAGCUCAACGUCAAAGAUACUUACACUGCUGUAGCACCGUUUCUCAUCUUGCCAUGUACAGGUGGAUCUCAGUAAAUUAGAAUACCACACAAAAAAAUGUAAAUUGAAGAAGUGAAGACUAAUAUUGAUUGACACAACCGUCAAUCAUCAUUUAGGGUGAUUUGGAUGAGUAUUGCGUAUAGCUUAUGAAAACCUAAAGUUUAGUUCCUCAGAAGAUUACACUAUUAAAGACAGUGAGGACUUUUUACACAGAAAGUCCAGCAAACAUGAUUUAAAACACUCCACAAAAAAUGGUGAGCCACAAAAGGUCAUUUCAAAGGAAUAUGGAUGUUUCCUAAGGACGCUUGUCCAAUCAAUGGAAGGUUUAGUGGAAGGAAAAAGUGACAGAAAAAGGCAGCAUUUGGGGGAGGUCCAAAAGCCGUGCGCUGAAACUGGAGCCGGUGCUUCAAGAGCCACCAAACAAAGACAAACAGAAAUGUUUUGAUGAAAUGAAUUGUGAAACCUUUGUUUUUUUUUAAAAUAAUUUAAACAAGAAAAAUACAAUUGCUCUGUUUUUAGACUACCUUAGACAAAAAAGUGGAUACAAUUUUAAAGUUGUCAAAAAGAUCAUUUAAAAAAAGCUGAUCUGAAACUGUGUUUAACGAAUAUCUAAUCAGUGCAAAAUAACCAAAAGUGCAGAUUAAACUUCCCUUGAUCCAAAUGCUAGCAGAACUUUGACAUUUACAUUGUUUAUUUUUUUAUAUAUAUAUAAAUUCACUAAAGGUUUCACAAAUCAUGAAACGUGUUUGUUUUUUUAAAUUGUGAACUCUAUAGGAUAAUUCAAUCCAUAAGUGAGAUGUCUUACAACGUGUAUUUUUAAGGAGGACUAUUUAAAUGAAGGGAAAAGGAAUUAAAGUCUUAUUUUUGUGUUUGAACACAACGAAUAAAUGUUUCACAAAUCACAAACUGUGUGACAGAGAAGCUGUAAGUAGUCUAGAAGGAUUAAAUGUGAAGACCCUGAAUCUGAGCUGUGGUAUCAAGCGGGAACCUCUUUAAUGGGCUCUAAAUUAGGCACAGGGCUAGUAUGAGAAUUUUGAAAUGUAAUCGUGAGUAUUAAAAAAAAUCAUAUUAUCACAGUAUUAACACAGAGUUGUAAAACUAAAACGUGUAAUAUGAGCUUAAUUGUUUUUGUUUGUCAAAAAGAAAAGCAAAAAUUAUUUGUACUAUGGCUAAAGUAAUAUGAAAGGAUUUUUUUGCCAUUCUAAUAAAGCUACAUGUACCAAUUUA